CAAAAAGUAUCCAGCGCCAAAGGACUAUAUACCAGAGGAAAUUAUUGAUGAGUUGAAUGAAGAAAUUAGUAUGUUCGAAUCGGCACAAAACUAACUUUUGCAAACCUUAAAUCUCCUUACAAUUAUGGGAUCCAACAGAACGGAACUAGAAGCGAAGGAACAGACAAUUAAGAGAUUGCAGAAAGAGCUCAAUGACAAAAAGCAAGAGGUUAAUAGAAUGAAGGACCAGAGUGAGAGAGACAAAAAGGAAAUCAAGAAUUUAACACAAAAGUUGGAGCUUGAGAAGAGUAAAAAUGAAUUUGCUUCGGAGAUCUUGAAGAACAAGACACAGAUGGAGAAGGACUUUGAACAAAAGAAGUGAGAGAUGAAGAAAAUGAUGGAAAAGGAGCUCAAGAUUAGAAUGGAUCAGAUUCAAAAGAUGCAGGAUUACUGAUUGGGACAGAAGGAGGAGAACUCUAAGAGUGGACCCAAGAGGAAAAGAGAAUCUAAGGAGGUCAAGAAAACUAGAAGCAAGAGACAAUGCUGUGACACUGAAGUUUCCCAUAAAGCGAACUCAGCUUUAAAAACAGGAGACUCUAAGCCCUCUAAAUCAUCUGAUUAAAUCAAGUCAGAUUAAAUACUGGCAAAUUAGAUGGAUGGAAUUAAAUUUCAGAAAUAGUUCCAAAAUAUCCUAUUUUGUGAGCAAAAUAGAAAUUUAUCCAAUCCAGGGCUCUUUGAGCUGACUCCUCUUUCUAUGUCACCACGUAAGCCCUAAACCCUUUAUCCAUCUUUUCCGCUAGUAAAAAAUUGAAUGUUUCAACUUGAA